UCAUGAUGACGUCUAACAUAGCAGCCGGAAGUUCUUGUAUUUGCGCCCCACGUGUGGUUACUGUACCGACAGUGAGAUGGGGAAGCGGCGAGCGAGCAAACCUCCAGGGCCCUCUGGUCCCGGUGCAGGCAAGGGGCAGCAGCCAACUGGCAGACCCUCGGGGUCCUCUGGUCCCGGUGCAGGCUCGGGGAAGUUACGAGGACCUGAAAAGAAGAGAACGAAUAGUAAGCCAAAGGACCUGGACACCCAGGAGAUCCCCUUCAAGCUUCGAGAGAUCAUGAGGAGCCGCAUGGAGAUGAAGAAUCCAACAAAGACGAAGAAAAAAAGAGCAAAGAAACAAGGUCCAAAGUAUGAAGAGCUGCAGACGGACAUUAAGGUCCCUAAGUUCAAGCAGAAGAAACAUGAAUCUGUUUAUGCCUAUCUGGAUCGAAUGAACCGAGAAACUAAACACGUCUUGUUCCUGAGCAAGAACCAACCGGAUCGAAUGCCGGAGAAGGAGGUGGAUGAGCAGGGGGAGCCGCUGAAAGAUGUUCCCCAGAAGGAGAAGUCACAGAAGAAGAAAGAUUUUGACCGAAGACGUCUUGAUAAGUUCUUAAAGAAGAAAGAGGACAAGAAAGAGACUCGUUUAGAAAAAGACCUCUUUACAGACACGGUGAUGUUUGGGGAAGUGGUAAUGGCGCCUCCAACACUCACAGUAAAGCCAAGAAAAAGCAAAGCCGAAACUAAGCCUGGAGAGAAGAAGCUCCUCUUGAAAAGCCUCUUGGACAAAUCCAGCUCCUCAGCGCCCCUACCUGCUAUUUCUUUAGCAAGAAAGAGACAGUUGGAGGAUGAAAGGGAACGUGUCGUCCAGGCAUACCGUGACCUUAAAAAGAGAAAGCAACUCCAAAGUGAAGCCAUUAAACGUAAACCCUCCAAAGCUCAACAUACAUGACCGGAGGCCAUCAAAGAUGGCCAUAUACACCAUGCAUUACAAUGAACCUUAUAGCAAGAAGUGUCAUGAAUGAGUUUUGAUGGAUGCUAUGUCAUAUAUUUCUUGACUGUUGGGAAUGGUUGAGUUGGAUCUACUUGAGAUGAACACCCUGGUGGAGCCAAGACCUUGUAGUCAAGUGUUCUCCAUGUAACUGCUGAAAGAUUUGGAAAUGGACACAGUAGCCAUCUUGUUUAUCUUACUUACAUCUAUUGAACAUUGGGUAAGACCCUCAGAACAGCCUGAAGUCUUCGAACAAGAAGUGUCUCCAACAAGGUGCUGAAGGUCCAGGUCAAGGGAGCGCGGCAUCUUCUUCAUUGUUUAACCAUCCACGUUAUAAAUGAUGAAAGUCUAGUUAUCUUGCUGGAGGCCUAGAUAAUGGAAGAUAUUAAUCAAUAUACACACAAAUGAAGCCCUGUAUGCAGCCCCUUGCCUCUCAUUGGUUUCUGGGGAGGGGCUGCGCUCCAUCACUACUGAUGGUAGUGAUCAGAUUACUUAAAGUUGCAAGAAAAAGUAUGUGACCCCUUUGGAAUGAUAUGGAUUUCUGCACAAAUUGGUCAUAAAAUGUGAUCUGAUCU